AUGAGUGGAAGUAAGCGUGUUGCAGUGGUGACGGGGUCCAACAAGGGCAUAGGAUAUGCCAUAGUGAGAGGCUUGUGUAAGCAGUUUGACGGGGAUGUUUACCUUACAGCUAGAAAUGAAGAACUUGGUCUCAAAUCUGUGGAAGAACUGAAGAAAGAGGGUUGUAGUGCGAAGUUCCAUCAACUGGACAUCACUAAGCUGGACAGUAUAAAUAAGCUAAAGACGUUUCUCCAGGACACUUAUGGUGGACUAGACAUUCUGGUUAACAACGCAGGCAUGGCAUACAAGCAAGCAUCAACCGCACCAUUCUCUGAGCAAGCAGAAGUGACUAUCCGAACAAACUUCACUGGGACGCUUGAUGUGUGUGAAGCUCUAUUUCCCCUUCUACGGCCGCACGCAAGGGUGGUGAACGUGUCCAGUUUUGUGUCUCAAUAUGCACUGAAGAAAUGCAGUAUAGAUCUACAGAAGAAACUUGUAGACAUUCCACAUAUUAGUAUGUCGGAGUUAAAGACAAUGCUGGGACAAUUUGUAGAUUCAGCUAAAAAGGGAACAACCGAAAAAUUAGGCUGGCCACAAAGUGCAUAUGGCGUCUCAAAGGUGGGAGUAACGGUUAUGUCUUUAAUCCAACAACGAGAGCUACUAAAGGACGCCAAACCAGACAUAGUGGUCAACGCGUGUUGUCCUGGUUAUGUAGAUACUGAUAUGUCGUCUCACAAAGGAACAAAAACCAUCGAUCAAGGUGCUGACACCCCUCUGUACCUCGCGCUGCUCCCUCCCAACACGGCCAGUCCUAAGGGAGUGUUUGUUUCCGAUAGGAAAAUCGGCAAAUGGGAGAUAACUAAAUGA